GAUCUUGAAAGAGCAAAUUAAUUUUCAACUCUUUCAGAGCUCAAAAAUGGCGAAAUCAACUGCAUUUUCCAGUUCUACAUCGUUUUCCUCGAUACCCAUUUUCUUAAUUAUAGUAUCCGUAACUGUGUUGUUAUACGCAUCAACAAUUGUUGAAGCUGGAGAUUCAUCUGCUUUCGUCAAAAAGACGAUUUCUUCUCACUCCAUUGUUAUCUUCUCCAAAUCUUACUGCCCAUACUGUAGGAAAGCAAAGGCUGUAUUCAAAGAAUUGAACCAAAAACCUCAUGUCGUUGAGCUUGAUGAGAGAGAUGAUGGAUGGAGCAUCCAGGAUGCCAUUAGUGAGAUCGUUGGCAGACGCACCGUGCCACAAGUGUUCAUUAACGGAAAACAUAUCGGAGGAUCAGAUGAUACCAUCGAGGCGUAUGAAAACGGGGAUCUAGCUAAACUUCUUGGUGUUAAGUCUAAGAAUGAUGAUCUUUAAGCUGAAUUUGUUACAUGGUUUCAAUUCAAUGACUCUGUAAUAUGAUAUAUGAUCACCAUAGGUUUUUUUGCAGCCUUUGAGGGGGGGGGGGGGGGGUGUGGAGGUUGAAAAAGUUGGUGAUUGUAAUCUAAUAGACUCUUUCUUAGCUAAGUUUUGGUUCUCUUCUUUUUGGAUUUCCAAAAAUUUGUAAGCAUGAGCCUCUAUUUAAUAAGAACUUUAGGAGAAAGGACUUGUUAUUGUAGGUACUAUUAUUUGUAAGCAUUAUCAUUGCUCCUUUCAUUUAAAUUUGUUUGUCUGGUUUUGAA